GGUGACUGUGGCCCAAAGGAAAUUUUUUCUGCUGGCAAUAGGAGCGGACAGAAAGUACCAGAGGCUCCAGGCGUCUGAGUUUAGAAGGUGUAAUGUCAGAAGACUCCAAGGGUAUUGUCCUUCCUCAUAUGCUGAUCUGUAGCCAGAUCAUCCUUCUUUACCGUGACAGCAGUUUCUAGAGCUCCAUGUUUCUUUGAUCAAGUCCCAAGGAGAUAAAUUUUUAUUUUCUCAAAGAAAGCCAAAAAGCUAUCAUUGGCAUUUACCACCAUGGAGACCAAGAGCCAUAACAACCCCCAAGACAGACCCACAUCCUCAAGCGAUGGGAGAACUUGGGAUGACAAUCGCUUGUUGAUGGAAGCUGUUAGAAAAGAAGACAUGGAGCAGGUCCGGCAGCUGCUGGAAAGAGGGGCUGAUGUCAAUUUCCAGGAAGAGAAAGGGGGCUGGUCUCCCCUGCAUAAUGCGGUACAAAUCGACAGUGAGGACAUGGUGCAUCUCCUGCUUCGUUACGGUGCUGACCCUUGUCUGAGGAAGAGGAACGGCGCCACUCCCUUCAUCAUGGCUGGGAUUGUGGGGAAUGAGAGGCUGCUCGAACUUUUCCUUUCCAAAGGCGCAGAUGUCAAUGAGUACGACCUUCAUGGCUUCACAGCUUUCAUGGAAGCCGCUGUGUAUGGUCACAUCCAAGCCUUAAGAUACCUGUUUGAGAAAGGGGCAGAGGUAAAUUUGGGUCGAAAGACCAUGAAGGAUCAACAGAGGCUUAAGAAAGGAGGGGCCACAGCUCUCAUGGAUGCUGCUAAAAAUGGAAAGGUAGAUGUGGUGAAGGUCCUCCUUGAUGAGAUGGGGGCAGAUGUCAAAGCCCGUGACAACAUGGGCAGAAAUGCUUUGAUCCACGCUCUGGCGAAUGCUGAUGAUAGUAACGCCAUGGCCAUUACUCGCCUUCUGUUGCACCAUGGGGCCGAUGUCAACGUGAGGGGGGAAAAAGGGAAGACGCCCCUGAUUCUGGCAGUGGAAAAGAAGCGCUUGGGUUUGGUGCAGAUGCUUCUGGAACAAAAACAUAUAGAGAUCAAUGACACAGACAGGGAGGGCAAAACAGCACUGCUGUAUGCCGUCGAACUCAACCUGACUGAAAUUGCAGAGUUGCUGUGUGACCAAGGAGCCAGCACGGAUUGUGGCGACCUCGUUAUGUUCGCGAGGAGGAAUUACAACAAGACCCUUGUAAAGCUGCUUCUCCGGCAUGGAGCCAGAGAAGAUUAUCACCCUCCUGCUAAAGACUGGGAGCCUCGGAGCUCGCGCUGGGGACAGGCCCUGAAACAGCUCCACGGGAUGUACCGCCCGAUGGUCGGCAGGCUCAAGGUCUUUAGGGAUGACGAAUAUAAAAUUGCGGACACUUCGGAAGGGGGCAUCUACCUGGGGUUCUAUGAUGAGCAGGAGGUUGCUGUGAAGCGCUUCUCUGAAGACAGCAGUCGUGGGGAAAAGGAGGUCUCCUGUCUACAGAGCAUCCGAGGGAACAGUAACUUGGUGACAUUCUAUGGGAGCGAGAGCCACAGGGGCUGUCUGUAUGUGUGCAUCUCCCUCUGUGAGCAGACACUGGAGAAACACUUGGCCGAACACAGAGAGGAGGCUGUGGACAACGGGGAAGAGGAAUUUGCCCGAAACAUCCUCUUGUCUAUAUUUAAGGCAGUUGUUGAGCUUCACGGGUCAUGUGGAUACACUCACCAGGACCUGCAGCCACAAAACAUCUUAAUAGAUUCCAAGAAGGCUGUUCGCGUGGCAGAUUUUGAUCAAAGCACCAAGUGGGCUGGAGAUCCAGAGCAAAUCAAGAGUGAUCUAGAGGCCCUUGGACGGCUGGUCUUAUAUGUGGUAAGCAAGGGAAAUAUCCCUUUUGAGACACUGAAGACUCAAAGUAAUGAAGAGGUGAUUAAAUUUUCUCCAAAUGAAGAAAUUCAGAACCUCAUUCAGCACCUGUUCUGCCCUGGGGAAAAUGUGAAGAAUAUUCUGGUUGACCUGCUGGAUCAUCCUUUCUUCUGGAGUUGUGAGAGCCGCUAUAGGGUCCUUAGAGAUGUGGGAAAUGAGUCUGACAUCAAAAUGCGAAAACCAAGUAUCUUCCAACACCUGCAGCCUGGGCCAUCGAAAACUUCCAGAAGCUUUGAUCAGUGGACCUCUAAGAUUGACAUAUGUGUUAUGAACCAAAUGAGUAAUUUUUAUAACAAGAAGCCCCAUUUAAAAUAUGAGGACACCGUGGGUGAUCUGCUAAGGUUCAUCCGGAAUUUGGGAGAACAUAUUAACGAAGAAAAGAAUAAAUGGAUGAAGUUGAAAAUUCAAGACCCUUCCCGAUAUUUACAGGAGAAAUUCCCCGAUCUGGUCAUCUACAUCUAUACGAAACUACAGAACACAGAAUAUGCAAAGCAUUUCCCCAAAACUCACAGUGCACAGAAGCCUCAGUGUGAUCGGGGUGAUGGUGGCCAGCACCCUAGCAGGCUCUGAGCACUGACCACGCCUGCUGAGUCCGGUGAGGUCUUUAUUAGGUGUGUGAUCCUGGGCAAGUCACAAUCCUCUGGGCCUCUUAACUAACCUGGUUGCUAGUGAGGGAUGAAUUGGACGGAUAAUGUCAGUUCCUGGCCAUGUGCCAGGCACUCCCUACAUGUUUAUUAAAAACAAACAAAAAGUAUAUGCUCAAAUUACCCUGGUGCUUUUUUUGGGUAAAGGUUAGAAGCAGGAGCCAAAAGGGCACACCGCUGAGAUUCCUCUUUUCUGUUGCACUGAAGGAGUGAGUGCCUAGACCUCUAACACCGUAUGCUUUACAUCAGUUAUCUCAUGUCAUUAUCCCAAUGAUCUUGCAACAUGGGUCAAUAUCCCCAUUUAAGAAUUGAUGAACUUGAGACUCAGAGAGUUUGAACUACUUGUCCCAGAUCAUACAACUUGUACAAAGCACCGAAUAAAUGGAUGUGUUGCUGUUACCUCUCA